AGCACAUUCUCCGGGGGUUGGACUACUGAAACAAUUUCCCCGGAAAAACGACGUCGUUUAAACACUGAACCGACGGUUUCUCACUUCUGCAGCCUCAAAGAAAGAAAACCCUAGGGUUUUUCUAUCCAAGAUAGAUAGCUAGAUAGAAAACAAUGGAUGAUCUUCCAGAAUUCAGACUUUUUGAGAAUGACCUAGACCACAACCACCGACAUUCUUCCGGGCGUGGAAUCGAACCGAUCAAUAGUGUAGAUAGUGAAGGUAUUGGCAUACAGCAGCUGGUCGAUGUUCGCAAUUCGUACUCUGGAAAACUUUUUGUUGGCGGCAUUUCGUGGGAGACAAGUGAAGAGAUAUUCACCAAUUACUUCAGCAACUAUGGAGAAAUCACAGAUUCUGUUAUAAUGAUGGAUAGACAUACUGGAAGGCCACGAGGCUUUGGAUUUGUAACAUUUGCUGAUCCAGCUGUGGCCGAUAAGGUUUUGGAGGAAGAUCAUGUUAUAGAUGGCAGAGCAGUUGAAGUGAAGAAGACUGUCCCUAGAGAGGGUAUGGAAGUUAGAGGGGUAUCAAAAACAAGAAAGAUUUUUGUGGGUGGAAUACCAUCAUCUUUAACAGAAGAUGAGUUGAAGGACUACUUCUCUUCAUAUGGUGCCAUUGUUGAGAACCAGAUUAUGUUGGAUCAUGUAACCGGGCGGUCAAGGGGCUUUGGAUUUGUCACUUUUGUGAGUGAAGAUGCUGUUGAAAGGCUUUUCUCUGAGGGAAAAACUCAUGAACUUGGAGGAAAACUGGUGGAAAUAAAGAAGGCUGAACCAAAAAGAGCUGGUGCCGAGUACAAUGCUGGUGCAGCAAAGUUCUAUGGUGGCAGGAAUGGUUCUCAAGGUGGACAUGGGGGAAAAAUGGGCGGAGGGGAUGCUGGCUAUGGUGGCUACAGUAGCUAUGGUGGAUAUGACGGUUAUGGUAUGGGAUAUGGUGGAGUUGCAGCUGGUUUCUAUGGUGCUUACUGUAACCCAGAUGGGUAUGGCAGAUAUAUGUAUGGAUAUGGGUUUAGUGCCCCCAUGUAUGGCUGCACUGGUUAUGGGACUCUUAAUGGUUAUGGUGGUGCUACUGCUACUGGGUAUGGUGGUGGUGGUGGUGGUGGUAAAGGGUAUGGAAAUGGCAUUGGACAUGGCGGGGGUAAAGGACAUCUGGGUGGGAAUGCUGUGACCGGAAGAUACCAUCCUUACUGAAGCGUAAGGCGGGAAUUUCAUAAUUACGUACCAUCAUCUAUUGGCAGUUUGUCCAGAUGGGAAACCAUUUUCAUAGAAGUUGAGAGCAGAUUGCUACUGUAAUUCUCUUCAUUUCUCCCAUACAUGUAAGAACUUCAAAAGCAGCACACGCUUAAUACCAUCCCAUUACCCUUCCUCCUCCCUCCCCUCUCCAACCACCAGGUCUCUGCAUGCUGUUGAAAUGCAGUGUUUAGUUUGACAUUCUGUUGUAGUAAGCUUUGUAUUACCUUUUGUUGUUUCUUUUCUGCCCAAAGGAAAUGCAAUUGUGUUGUGUAUGAUCUGUUUUGGUAAGUUGUAUGUUGUGUUUUGCCAGUCAUCACUGAGUGCUGUAUGAAGGUGACGUUGAGGGACAUUACUGAAUGAGAAUGCAUUGAUUUCCCAAUCU